AUGGACGAGAACACGGCAGUGCAAUACUUGGACUCCUUGAUCGGUCGAACCCUCCGGGUGCACGCGACAGACACGCGCAUUUUCGUGGGCACCUUCAAGUGUACCGAUGCGGCACGAAAUAUCAUCCUGGCCAAUACUCACGAGUACCGGUAUCCCUCUCCCUCCGCCGUUCGAGACGCGGCCACGAAUGCGAAUGAGCUAGCCGCAGAAAGCGCGGGGACCGCGCAGAAUAAUAUCAAAGUGUCCAUGACUAGUCGAUUUAUCGGGCUGGUGGUCGUCCCCGGUCAACAUAUUACCAAAAUUGAGUUGGAAGAGACCCCGCAACUGGGUCGUAUGCGGGAGACACUCCGAUCAUAA